AGCGGCUCGGCGCCUCGCCGCUCCGUACCGCCGGCCAUGGGUGCGGAGCGCAGGGGGGAGGCGGCGGCGAGCCGCGGGGGCUGCGCCUGCGGCGGCGGGGGCAGCUGGCGGCUCUUCCUCGGCUUCUUCGCGCUGUCGCUGGCGCUGCACGUCCUGACGCUGGGCUGCUACCUGGAGCUGCGCUCCGAGCUCCGCCGCGACCGCGGCCCGCAGCCCGCUGCCCCGCCGCGCCGCGACGGGACGGCGGCAGCUCCCGGUUCCCCGGCCGCGGGUCGGCCGCAGCGGCCCAACGAGGGCGCGGAGCGGCGGCAGCAGCUGGCCUUGCUGAACUUCUUUCACCCCGAGGAAAAGCUGCACGUUGGAGAGGAAGGCAGACGCGUCCGCCGCAAUAAAAGGAGCAAAGGCAGCGAAGGGCCAGACGGUCCAAGUUCAGUUAAAAACAAGAAAAAGGGUAAGAAGGCUGGUCCUCCCGGGCCCAACGGUCCGCAGGGCCCACCAGGUCCUCCCGGGCCGCAGGGCCCCCCCGGCAUCCCCGGCAUCCCCGGCAUCCCUGGCACAACCGUCAUGGGCCCCCCCGGCCCCCCCGGCCCGCCCGGCCCCCAGGGACCCCCGGGACUGCAGGGCCCCUCAGGUGCCACAGACAAGAGCGGCUCCAGAGACACCCAGCCAGCUGUGGUCCACCUUCAAGGCCAAGGCUCAGCAAUCCAAGUGAAGAAUGAUCUUUCAGGUGGAGUCCUCAAUGACUGGUCUCGCAUCACUAUGAACCCCAAGGUGUUUAAGCUGCAUGCCCGCAGUGGGGAGCUGGAGGUACUGGUGGACGGCACAUACUUCAUCUAUAGUCAGGUAGAAGUGUACUACAUCAACUUCACAGACUUCGCCAGCUACGAGGUGGUGGUGGAUGAAAAGCCCUUUCUGCAAUGCACUCGGAGUAUUGAGACUGGCAAGACCAACUUCAAUACCUGCUACACAGCCGGGGUCUGCCUCCUCAAGGCCAGGCAGAAGAUCGCCGUGAAGAUGGUCCACGCUGACAUCUCCAUCAACAUGAGCAAGCACACGACUUUCUUCGGGGCCAUCCGCCUAGGAGAUGCACCAGCAUCCUAGAUGAACUUGGCACGUGCCAGGAUGCUGGCAGGACUGCACAGUGCUGCUGUUCAUUAGCCUAUCAGUAUUUCAGGGGGUUCUGUAGUCCGGCCAUAGAGGAAACUGAUGCAGAGCUAUUUAUUCCUAUAUGUGAAUGCAGGAAGCACAACCGUCCUCUGGGACUCGCGUGGAGACUUGGGGCAAAACACAGAAAGCUGGCUGAGGAAGCGUUGGUGAGGGCAGAAGGGCUGUUGUGUCUGCCUUGUCUCAGCAUUUCAAGUGUUGCUGCACUGAUACUCCGCUCUGUGAUCUCCACACGAGGCUCCUCGAGAGUGGGGUCGGCUCUCUGCUUCUACGUUGCACUAGCAAGAGCGUCCCAGGCGGCAGCGGGAGGACACGUCCACCUCGUCCCAGCCGGGCUCUCCUGCUGCUGCACGCCGAUGGGAGCGAGGAAGGGGCACGGGCAGGGGCUCUGGUUUGCUGCCUUCCCAGUGGGAACCGGAGCGGCCGCGGGGUGCGGAGGGGAGCGCGCGAGACGGGGUCAGCCCUGUGUUACCUUUGUCCUCAGGAGCGCGAGCGAGGAAGGCAAAGGGCCCCUCCUGAGAGCUUGGAAGCCACAGCAGCCAGUGCCAGAGGAAGGUGAAGGCUGAGCAGAGCAGGUUUGGCAGGUAGGAAACUGCCUCCACACCCCAGAGAUCCCCGAGGCCCACAGACAGCGCCGGCUCCAGCGCCUCUGCUCCCUCCAGCUCCCGCCGUUCCCCAGAGGUGAAUCCCUUCCCCCCGGGGCUGCCCUCGGGUGCUGCUGCUCUUGCAGCAAGCUGGGCCUUCUGGGGCUUGGCUUGGCUCGGGUUUUUGACUACCAUGCUGCAGCCCAACACACGUCCUGCGGGCUGGCUGGGCGCAUAGGGCAGCCACGGGUCCUCGUGAGAGCACUCUGAGGAAGUUUGUCAUGUUUAAGAAUAAAAUAUUCAAACAGGAGGGGGUUUAUUUUUCUGUUUUAAUAGCAACUGUCCUGCUUUCAGUCGUGGGCUCUGUCCUUCCUGCCCCUUGCCUUUUGGCACCCUACUACCUAAAGCGCUCACAGAAGCGGUGAUGGAGUCUGUAGCAAGAAACAAAACCCCCACAACCCAACUUGCAUUUCGGAGUCUGCUCCAGCAUGAAGUCACCACUUUUUCUUCUCUCCAGGCCCUGCUGAGUCUAGUCAUAACUCGAUUUCUGGUGACUAACAGAAGAGCUGGGACACUAUUGUUUCUUUUGGCUUCUUGAGCAACCCUGUUACCUCCCCUCAGCUGGGGAGACCUAAAGCUAUAAGAUGUGAGCAGAGGAAGAGGCUGGAGCGCUAAUUGCUCCUUUGUGUCACGCCUUGGCUUGGGCUGGGCUGGGCUGGGCUGGGGGGGGUUCAGCUGGAGUUUCUCUCCAGAGUGUGGGGUUUGUCUUGUUUCAAGAGGGUUCCUGCAGUUUGAGCCCAUGUAGGAAACGGGCCGAGAGCCGACCCGACGCCUCAGUGCCGGCCGCCAGCUCCCAGGAGAGGUGGCCUGGCACUGGUCACUCACAGGCUCGUGGCUCAGCACCACACUGGAUGUGAGCACAGAAGGGUCCCCCCUGGCUGGAGCAUUCUUGGCUUUGCCCCAUCCGCAGCGAGUGAUCUCACUUGCCAAGUAUUGCAGGGACUGGGAGAUGGCUCUUUCUCGGGGGCAGCCAGCCUUGGCUCCAGCCUGGCUAUUCACAGGAGGCGUGCAGUUUGUAGAACAACUGCAUGAACAAUUGCCUGCUAUUUCUUUGUCAAUGUGUUCCCCUCCUCUUCCAGCCUUCACAUGUUGGGCUCGUGGGAGCCUUCGGGGCACUUAGCUGGGCCUUGUGGCUUGUUUCCUUUAACAUGGAUUAAGAAGGACGUGUUCCUGUGACAAGAAUGAAUCAGGACAACUGUACAGUGAGAACAUUAAACAAACAAUUAGCAGGAUUGCUUUCAUAUACAGCCUGAACAGCAAGACUUAGGGGCAAGGAUAAAUAACACAGUGCAUGGAGUCUGCCCCACGGGCAGCAUCUGCCCUUUGCUCCCAGCUGUGGCUGUGGCAGGAGGUGGCAGAGGGACAGUCCCUACUCUGGAAAAGGCCCCUCUCUGCCCAGCUGCCUCUGGCACGUACCUGGGCUGCAGGAGGAGAGCAGAAGGAAGCAGUUCCUAGUGGGAAAGGUGUUAAGGGGCUCUUUGGGAUGCUCCGCGAUGCACUGACACGUGAGGUCAAUGUAGCUGAGGUGGAGACCUGGAGUCAGAGAGCAGAGAAGCCCUGACUGCUGGCAGCAUUGGUGCCAGAGCCCUGUUCAUCCCUGGGGUGAGAGGCUGGGUCACCAGUCCUGUAGCAGCCAUGGAGAGUUUUAUACUUGAAACCCUUUGGCCUCAAGUCCUCGUUGGUGAGGAGUUGCAGUGCAGGUUACCCAGGCUGUGGUGCAGCUGCUGCUGUGUGAUGCUUCUGCAGAUGUUGUCCCGCCGUCUUUGGUGCUUCUUGCCCUUAACUGGAGCCAAAAAGGCCUGGGAGCAGCUCAGGGGAGCACGGGGAGGAAGGUGCCUAUGGGAGGCUUUGACAGACUCCAGCAGGAACAGGGCCUUGCCCCAGCCUUUCCCUCUGGUGCCUUUAAAUUUGGCCGUAUCUCAGUUCCUAGUGGGGUUGAGGGGAAGUGCUUCAUUCACAGGCACAGUCUGUGUAUCCCAGAUGGAGGAAUGAGAGCAGCCACCGCUGUUCCCCAUGUGCCAGCCUUCCUCUGCAGUGCAACUUGGUGGCUCUGCCCUUCCCUUCAUGCCCUGGCCCCGCUGCCCCCCUUCCUGCUGGGCAAGGCAGGAGGCAGCUCAGGGGCCUGUAACACUUCAUCUGAAACCCUUCUCCCUCCCACACUCCUCUCUCUGGGGAUGAUUUCCAGGGAAGCCAGCUCAGCUGCUGUGUCCAGGGCUCCUUCUGAAGGAAGGAUUCCCUUCGGGAAAGGCUUUAGGUCGUGGCUCCCUACUCAAACCUGCCUGGCCCCUGCCUCCCCCAGUGCCUUUCCCACUCAGGUGAGCUGUGGGUGUUGCCUCGUCAGUGCAUCCUCUGCUCUUCCCAGUCAGAGGUGGAGUGUGAGGAGCCCUUCCCACUCUCCAUGUGCCGGUAGGGAAGGGGCAGGGGCCCCCCAUACAGCCCGACCCCCACUCCACCACUGCUGUUCCUCACUCCCAGGCUGGCAGGAAGCCUCUCAGACUCCCCAACACGAGCAUGACAGGAGUUGUGGGAAGAGACACGACUGCCCCCCGUUACCUCUUAGAGCUGCACAGUGAUGUACUGAUGCUGGUUUGUGCUUCGACUGCUUUAUUCAAGACCCUAUCUGUAUAUAAAAUAUACAUAAUGUAUAUAAAUUAGGAUGUAAGUUUAUGUAAAUUGUCAAUAUUUUCU